GACUAUCCGCACUGCUUGCUUGCGCUCGGCGCUGUUCUGGGUGAGUGAGUGUACACUGCGGUCGGUGUGGGACGGGCGCACAGCAACGGGGCUCUGGACGGUAAACUCCACAGAUGAAGAAAUGACUUCUGCUCAUGCUCUGAGGUUUUUAAGCGCGACAGCUGAUUGACUUUCAGGUUAUCGUAUGACCAGUGUGAAGAGGACACUGGAGAUAGUGGGUCACGGUUCCCGCAGCAGACGCGCAAGUUAUUGUCAGUAUUGCAGGUCAAGGAGCGAGCGAGCGAGUGAGUGAGUUUGGGUUGGAGUUAGCUUGCUGAUACGCUAACCUUAUACGCUUUUAAAUUCAUCGCAGCUUGGAAAUAUGGCUUUGCGAGCGAGAGCACUGUAUGAAUUUAAUUCAGAAAACCCAGGAGAGAUAUCGGUGAAAGAGCACGAGAUUAUAACUCUGCACAGCGAGCAGGACAUUGAGGGCUGGCUGGAGGGGACAAACAGCAGAGGGGAUAGAGGGCUCUUGCCUGCGUCCUACGUCGAGAUAUUGAGGAAUGACACCGUCUCAUCUUUUAACAACAACUCUCGAUAUGCCAACAUUCCCACUGGUGGUUUUGACUUCAAAAAUCAGACUCAAGAGAGCUACAGCACUGCACCAGCUUCCAGCUUCACAGCCUACCCUGCACUACCUCAGCAACAACAACAACAUCAUCCAGGGACUCCAGCCAGUGAUGAUGACUGGGAUGAUGACUGGGAUGAUCACUCAUCUGUAGCUGAUGAACCAGGGGUUGUUAGUGGAGGAUAUAGGAAUUAUGAAGGAAACGGACCCUCUGGCUACAGCAUCUCCACCUCCUCCAUGCCUAGAGGUGCACAGCAAGCCAAAAGUUCAGCAACGGUCAGCAGAAAUCUGAACAGGUUCUCCACUUUCGUGAAGUCGGGCGGUGAGGCGUUUGUGCUGGGGGAAGCGUCCGGCUUUGUGAAGGAUGGCGAUAAAAUCUGCGUUGUGAUAGGUCAGUACGGUCCGGAGUGGCAGGAGAACCCAUACCCGUUCACUUGCACUAUUGAUGACCCCACCAAGCAGACCAAAUUCAAAGGCAUGAAAAGUUACAUUUCCUACAAGCUGACGUCCACCCACACGCAGAGCCAGGUCAACAGAAGAUAUAAGCAUUUCGAUUGGCUCUACGCCAGAUUGGUGGAGAAAUUUCCUGUCAUUUCAGUGCCGCACAUCCCUGAAAAACAAGCCACUGGCCGCUUCGAAGAAGACUUCAUUUCGAAAAGGAGAAGAGGAUUGAUAUGGUGGAUGAAUCAUAUGACCAGCCACCCUGUACUAGCCCGGUGUGACGUUUUCCAGCACUUCCUCACCUGCUCCAGCAUGGAUGAAAAGUCUUGGAAGCAAGGGAAGAGGAAAGCCGAGAAGGACGAGAUGGUCGGUGCCAACUUCUUCCUCACCAUCAGCACUCCAGCAGCCCCUCUUGACCUGCAAGACGUCGAAAGCAGGAUUGACGGAUUCAAGGCCUUCACCAAGAAAAUGGAUGACAGCGUAAUCCAAGUCAAUGCCACACUCAGCGAGUUCGCGAGGAAGCAGAUAGCUGGGUUUAAGAAAGAGUAUCAGAAAGUGGGACUGUCUUUUAAGUAUCUAAGCCAAGCGUUCGAGAUGGACCAGCAGUCGUACUCGGUCGGUUUGAACCAAGCAAUUGCAUACACGGGGGAAGCCUACGAAGCUAUUGGAGACUACUUUGUGGAGCAGCCUAAACAAGAUGUGGACCCAUUGAUGGAUUUGUUAGCCCUGUACCAAGGCCACCUUACCAAUUACCCUGAUAUCAUCCAUGUACAGAAAGGUGCUCUGACGAAGGUGAAGGACGGCCAGAAGCAUGUAGAGGAAGGGAAGAUGGAGGGCCAGCAGGCAGAUGGGAUCAGGGAACGCUGCAAUAUCAUCUCUUUCGCCACACUGGCUGAGAUCCAGCACUUCCAUCAGACUCGAGUACGGGACUUCAAGUCCCAGAUGCAACAUUACCUACAGCAACAGAUCAGCUUCUUCCAGAAGGUCACAGGCAAGCUGGAGGAGGCACUGCAGAAGUAUGACAAUGCCUAAAUGAACCCUGUUCGGAUUGGAUCAACAGAGCUUCACCUUGCCUGGCAGAGAGCCAGGCGCGAAUUAGCCAGCCCCUAGCAAUAUACGACAAACCAAGAGUCUAAAAUUUAUGAAAUCUAUCCCCAUACAAUGAAUGUCCAUUAUAAGGAACUGAAGAUUGUUUGGGGCAAGUAUAUAGUGAGUUUGGACUGUGUUUUCCACUGUGAAACUAACAAGGAAAACAGAGACACGAGAACAGAGAGCGUCGAAUGUCUUCGAUCCUGCUACUAAUGUCAUAUUUUAAACAUGUUCUUCACACGGAUGAAUGAGAUAUUGAUAUGACUCGAGGAGCUUGCGUGGCUCCUUAAACACUCGAGACCCUCUUAGCCGCUCUUAGAUGUUUACAGACCCAACAGAGCCACUGUCUUCACUGUUGUGCCUUUCAAUCUUGUCUCGUUGGUAUUUUUAUCAUUUCAUAAAAAGAACUAUAUAUUAUUCUUAUUCCGAGAUUUGUUUUUAUGAGGUUUGAUUUUAUUAUCUUAUACAAAUGUCACUCCUGCUUAAAAUGGCAGGCAAAGGAGUAGCUGGCUCGUGUUUGGAGAUGAGAGUGGGAGUAGCUGGACAUAAUGCCCAAAUUUGGUAUCCCGUCUGAUUUAUUUCCCCUUCCCCUCCCCAUGAUAUUUUUAUUCCAGUGCAAAACAGAAUGUGCAUUUGAGAGAAAAAACAGUAGCCGUCGUCAGAUCACCUGCCGUCACAAUUGAGCAGGAGCCUAAAAAUAUGUUCAAAUGUGAUGUAAACAGGAAGCACAACAGACUCAGGAUAACAAGUUCAUUUUGGACAUCAUUUUUUCAGACAUAAUACUCAAAACUAAAGUUCCCAAGGUGCUCAGAGAAUCCAGUUUAUUUUCUACUGCACAUUUUUACUUCUCAUUGUGCAGGAUAAACCACACCUAGAUGUCCUGAAUUGUUAAAGAUUCCAAAUAAACUGCUCACUUAACUGCUUGUUGCAUUGAAUCUAUUUUUGUAUUGUAUGCGUUUUGAGCUAGGCAUUUCAAACAGAUUUCCUAAAAGAGCACAUUUCAUUCUUCACCUGUUUUUUCUCUUUCCCUGGUUUAUCGAGUAUAUAUGACCAAUAUUGACGCAGUUUCAGUGCAAACGUGAGUGUUGUGUCAAAGGGAGGAAAGCUUUUAAAAACGCAUCUUCUUACUGGUGUUGCUGCAUGAAAUGUGAAAAUGGAUGCAGAUGUUUAUGUCAACACUAUCAUGAGGUUUGGCUGAAAAGAUAUUUCCACCUUGUACAUGAUGAUAAUAAUGAUAGAAACUUGUGAUUGUUCAUUUGCAUCAGCAAUAAAGAACAUUCUUUUUAAAGUGAAGUGAUGUGUAGCCAUGUAUGGUGACCCAUACUCGGAAUUUGUGCUCUGCAUUUAACCCAUCCAAGUGCACACACACA